ACCUAGACAUCCAUCUGUAUAGAUUAAUAACCACUUCCCUUAAACCAAAAUAUUUAUUUGCCAUUUCUGUUAUAUUUCGCUUUCCAGCUUUGGAUCUGUUUGCUAUAAGUUGUCUGCGGCCAUGGAUCGACUCAUUGGUAAACAUCCUCUGCAGCGUUUGCAUUCGCCGUCCCGGGGCGUUUCCGCAUUUGUCCACAGUCUUGGUUUGUUGAGCUUCUCUCUGUCAUUCAAAUAUUUGGUGGAUUGGCCAAAUCCAGUAAAUGACUCUUAUGGAUGGCAUAUGCAAUAUUUGACCAUCAUUGGACUGUCUCUAGCGACAGCAACUUUUAUUGUAGGGCUGCUGGCAGACGCUUUUCAAUCACCACGUUUGUUCUUGAUAAAGAACAAUCUUGCUGUCGCCAGCGCCCCGCUGGAGGUUCUCAUCAGUCUCUUAUACUGGAGCAUCAGAUCUAUUGACAAGAACCUUGUCAUGCCUGAAUGGGUAAAGCUUGACCUACGAGCUGAUCUUGGCUUUCAUGCUGUCCCGGCAAUCAUGCUUGUAGUGGACCUCCUUCUACUUUCACCGCCUUGGACCAUUUCGGCGCUGCCAUCUAUCGGUGUCAGUGGUGUUCUUGCAUUUUCUUACUGGCUCUGGGUAGAGCAAUGCUAUAAGCACAAUGGAUGGUAUCCUUAUCCGCUAUUCGAAGCUCUCUCUCAACCGUGGAGACUGGUUUUGUUUACCUUUAGUGCGCUAGUUAUGGCAUUGAGCACUGCGACUCUGAAAUGGCUUUAUGGCCGAGUCAAUGGAUUUGGAACUAGCAGCGACCCCCACGCUAAACCUGGCGAUGUCAAGAAAGCUUAGAAAGUGCCAUAGUUGAGGCCAGUUGAUGGGUUGUAAAGCUACCAAAGAAUUCUAUAAUGCCUAGAAAUAGACUCGUACAAUUUCAUUAAAUAGAUUCAAAAUUUGAC